AUGAGUUUAAAUACUUCAAGUAAUGCCACUGGUGAUACCCAAAGGUUGAAGAAUGCCUCAUCGGAUGUAAAACAAAUGCUUAAAAAUGAAACAGACUUGGAUAUUACUGCUGAUCUCAGAAAGAAACUCCAUCGGGCUAAGAAAGAAAAAUUAGAAAUAACAACUAAGCACAAUGCAGAGCUGGCAAGCUAUGAGAGCCAGAUUGCCAAGCUACGGUCUGAGGUUGAAAAAGGAGAAGCAUUGCGACAAAGUUUGGAAUAUGACCUGGCUGUUGCUAGAAAGGAAGCUGGUCUUGGAAGACGGGCUGCUGAAGAGAGAUUAGCCGAGGCACAUAGAAUCCAAGAAACACUCUGUGCUCAGAAUUCAGAACUUCAAGGAAAGGCAAAUGAGAUUGAGAAAGCAUUUCAUACUUCCCAGCAGAAAUGGAAAGAAGAGUGCCGAAAAUUUGAACAUGAUUUGGAGGAAAGAGAUGAUAUGAUUCAAAAUUGUAAUCGAGAAUAUGAUUUACUUAUGAAAGAAAAAAGCAGACUAGAAAAAACUCUACAGGAAGCAUUGGAAAAACAUCAACAGGAGAAGAAUGAGAUGGAGUCUCAUGUGAGAGAGACAGCAUUGGAAGAGUUUAGAUUACAAGCAGAACAAUGGGAAGCAGAAAGAAGAGAGUUACAGUUUAUAGUACAG